ACCAUGGGGCUCAGGGUUGAGCUGGGCGGUUUCCAGAUUGGACUCUCAUUCCUCCUGCUACUGAUGUCAGGCGAGGGGCGCAAAGGAGGAGCUUUCAAACAAAGUGUGGGGGUCUGCUCCAACCAGACCCUGGUGGUUCCACUCCGAUACAAUGAGUCCUACAGUCAACCGGUAUACAAGCCCUACCUGACCCUGUGUGCUGGCAGGCGCGUGUGCAGCACCUACAGGACCACUUACCGCGUGGCCUGGCGGGAGGUGAGGCGGGAGGUUCAGCAGACACACGUGGUGUGCUGCCAGGGCUGGAAGAAGCCACACCCAGGAGCUCUCACCUGUGAAGCCAUCUGCUCCAAGCCUUGUCUUAAUGGAGGUGUCUGCACUGGACCAGACCAGUGCGAGUGUGCCCCAGGCUGGGGAGGGAAACACUGCCACGUGGAUGUUGAUGAAUGCAGGACCAGCUUCCCCCUCUGUUCUCAUGGCUGUUUGAACACCCUGGGCAGCUUCACGUGCGGCUGUCCGCACCCCCUGGUUCUGGGUUUGGAUGGGCGCACCUGUGCAGCAGGGCCUCUGGAAUCUUCAACAAGUGCCAGCAUCCUCAGUGUGGAGGUACGAGAAGCAGAACGUGAGGAGCAAAACCUGAGGUGGGAGGUUGCAGAGCUGCGGGCGCGGCUGGAGCGGCUGGAGCAGUGGGCCACACAGGCUGGGGCCUGGGUCCGAGCAGUGCUGCCCAUGCCCCCCGAGGAGCUGCAGCCAGAACAGGUGGCUGAGCUGUGGGGCCGGGGUGACAGGAUCGAGUCCCUCAGUGACCAGGUGCUGCUGCUUGAGGAAAAGCUGGGUGCCUGUGCCUGUGAGGACAACAGCCUGGGCCCAAACUUCCACGGCUGACAAGGAACUCCCACAGCAGCCUGGAUCCCUAAUUUAUACAAAAACUGCCUUAUCUGG